GUGGAAUAGCAGAGCUGAGUGAAAAUGCAUCUGAAAUAACAGGUUCAUCAUUUCUAUUAACAGCAGAAACAUGGAGGAAGUCAAUGAAGAACGACGUCAAGUGCAAUCAAACGGCAGAUGCAGAUAUCGUCAUUCAUAUGUUAUAUUCAGCAUUUUGGUGAUACUGGCGAUGUGUUACUAUGUCAUCGUUAAUGAAAACUCGGAAACCUGGAAGGCAACCAUUGGAGUAUUGUUUCAAAAGACAUUUCACAAUAAAACGUCCAGCGAAACGCUCAAUACGGUAACGAGAGGGAUCGUGUCACCGACUACGGUAACGAGAGGGAUCGUGUCACCGACUACGGUAACGAGAGGGAUCGUGUCACCGACUACGGUAACGAGAGGGAUCGUGUCACCGACUACGGUAACGAGAGGGAUUUCUGCUGCACCGUGGAAACCUCCAGAUCCCUAUUAUGUCGCUUACCCACACAAAUAUAGCUUUGUUAUUAAUGAGCCAGAGAAGUGCCAGAAGGAAAAUACUUUCGUGGUGCUAAUAAUACCAGUAUCUCCAGGAAACGUGGCCGCUCGGGAUGCGAUCCGGUCCACAUGGGGUUCGGAGAAGGUAGUGGCGGACAAGACAGUAAGUCUACUAUUUCUAAUAGGUUGGCCAACUUCAGAAGACAGCGAAAAGCUCCAAGAGGAUUUGUUGCGAGAAAGCGAGAAGCAUCAUGACAUUUUACAAAGUGAUUUCUGGGAUAGUUACUACAAUCUCACCAUUAAGACAGCGGUAAUGCUGGAAUGGCUUUCUGCUUAUUGCCAGAAUGCGCAGUACGCGAUGAAGAUCGACUCGGAUAUGUUUCUCAAUGUGAAAAACUUAGUGAAUUUGCUUCUGCCGGCACCAAAGCAGAACUAUAUGACCGGACUUGUGGCCAGGAACGCAAUGGUUUUGAGAGACCCCCAUUCUAAAUGGUAUCUCCCAAUAACGGCUUAUUCCCCGUUUCACUAUCCUCCCUACGCUCUGGGUUUAGGAUAUGUGUUUUCUCUGGACUUGGCAGGGAAACUUAUUGAAGCAGCUCAACACGUCAAAGCGGUUUAUAUAGAGGAUGUGUUUGUCGGCAUGUGCAUGAAACAUUUAGGCAUCGAUUUGACCAAUCCACCCGAUGGAAGCCUAUUCAACGUCUUCCCAGUGGAUUAUAAUCGCUGUCACUAUUCGAAACUCAUCGCCACAACGACACGAAGCUUGGAAAACAUAGUCAACUUUUGGAGGGAUUUACAGACACCUGGGCCAUAUUGCUAACAACAGUUUGUGUACUGGUCUUAUAGUCAAACCAAAAAGUAUUCAGACGCCAUGCAGAUAUCAUAUUUUUUAAGC